AUAGCCUGAGCAGUCAGAUUCCAUUCAGCCCACCAGUUGGUGUGUGGUUGUUGGACGGAUGAGGUGUGCUUCAAGUUUUCCUCGCGCCGGGUUUUGGGCUUGAGACUAAGUGAUUUUUUUUUAUAGUCCAGAGGUCAACUUCUUUAGAUUAUUAGCUCACGAGACGGAUGUUUUGAAUUUCGUUGAUAUUAUUGCAAGUGGUAUUGUAACAUGGAAACUUGUUAGUUUGAUAGAUCUGUUUAAAAUAAAAUUGUUCAAGUUGUGUAGAUUACAAGGAAGUAGUUUGUUGCUGAGCAAGAAAGCAUCGUCCUUCGUUCCUAUAUCUAUAUCGGAUUGAUGUGCAAUAACUGUUAUAAAGAAAUACGGUUAAAGGCACGGUAAUUUGUGUAAAGAAGUGAUCGUCACCAAUUUGCCUCUUCUGGAAUAGGCUACGGUUAAAGAAGAAAAAGCAAAACGACGUGGAAUAAGAGCGCAACGUAUGAACGAGAUUGCACUGCGGAUAACUUUACAAAUACUAUAAAAAGUGGACGCGAGAAGGAUUUUUUCCCAGCGCUCAUUCGGAAUUUCUGCUAAUCUGUCUGUCGUUGUGUAUAGUGAACUGUGUAGACAGAACUACGAUGGUGCAAAAGAGGUCUUAAAGUUCCUACUACUCGUGAGAAUUGAUGUUGGCAAGAUUGAGGCAAUGCGAUUGUCGAUGCUGAUGCACUAGAUUUUCCGGCCAUCAGUGGUCUAUGUGUGCGCACGAACUAUGGCACUCCGAUUGCGUAAGGAUGUCCAAAAGGCAUCCUACUACGUGUGGUUUCUCGGAGCACAGGAAGCGAAAGGACUCCGUGGUUCACGAGUUCUUCUACCGGUAAUUCCCCGUUUAAUCGAAAAGUCGAAGGAACACGAACCGCUUAAAAUUACGCUACAGAUAUCUCACAAGGGCUUGAAGAUUAUACAGGGUUCGGCAAAGCAUUUCAUUCCUCACGGUGCUAUAACUUGUUCUGUCCAGACAGAAGAUAUUGUAGCGUGUAUCCUGUUGUUAUACAACCCGGCUACCAAAUGUCCUCUUCACGUACAUGCAUAUCGGUGUGAUUCGGAGACGACCGCUCAGGCGCUGAAUGACCAGCUUCAGAUUCUAAUUAAUCGACCAGACAACCAAAAACGAUUCGCUGAACUAGAAACUAGACUGGGUUUACCUGCACAAUUAACAGCAUCGGUAGUGACGGCGGCUCCGGAAAGAAAGCAGCAGAUGCCGAGACGAUUCGCUUCGCCACGUCGUUUUGACUCAUCACACGGAAGUGACACGGGAACCAGUACUAGAGAAUCGGAAUGCAGUGAAGAGCAACAGCACUCUCCGACCAGUCCCAUAUCGCCAAUUUCUAGCCAAUCGAAGUUAUACGAUUCUUUGGCCGCGGAAUUACGUGAAAAAUUAAGCGGGGGCGUUCCUUUGUUAUUACCGGCCAAGGAUUGCGAUAAGACGACUGUUAAUGAUUCUAGAAGAUGUCGGAACCCUUGCAUAGUAGGAUCAAAUACAUCUGUGGGUAACAAGCACGGUGUGUCCUCUCGUGGCUCAUCUGGCAUAGGAUCCGACUUAGCACCCAGCCCAGAACGACAGGAUGCACAUAGUUCAAGCGAUGAGGAAUGGGUGAAUGAACCGGAAGUUUCAUUCGCAAGCACGUCACAUCAGCGUUUACCGAAUAACCGAGCUAAGGAGCGCUAUCCAGAGGAAUCAAUGCCUCAUCCAAACAAGUAUCGUGAGCCUCCGACGUCAUAUCUAUAUCCGAACGUUCGACAGGAUCAUCACGCUCGUUUCCAUCGUUCGUCUAGUCGGGAGGAAGAUAAUAGUCUACGUGGUUCAGUGAAUUCGCGUGAAGAGGACGUUAAACCGAUCAUCACAAAACCCACUCCUUUACAAACACGAUUCAGAGAAGCAUUCAAUAAUGACCAAUUUGCAGUCGAUGAUCGCAAAAAAAAGAUUACCAUCGAUGACAAACGAUACGAACAAGAAGAUAUUCGAAGAAAAUCGACUCAUACAGAUCGGUAUCUGGAAAAUGAUCGAGGAGAAAAUUUUCAAUUUAAGAAAUCUCCAGGCAAUGGUAAAUAUUACGACGGGUAUGAGAAAGAGAGAGUACACUAUCGUGAGAACUUAACUGAUCGUCAAAAAUAUCGUGAAAUCAUUUCCGAAUCUUCAAAAUACCGUGAUGAACUCGUUAAAAAUAUGAGUUAUAGGGACGAAUAUACGGAGUAUUCACCGGAUAGAAUCAACAGUAGAACUAAAUAUCCACCUUCUUAUGAUGAUCAUCGAGAUUUCAAAAUUGAACGCGAAUUUCGAGAGCAUCCUCGCAGUUCGUCUAACAGAGAACACCUCUAUGUGCACGAUGGGAGUCCUGAAGAACAGUUCCAGGGUGGUUUCAAUGAUCGUCGUCUAUAUAGAGACAGUGAACUGGAUGCGUUUAAAGAUCCCAUUGAAAAAGUCGGAAAAGUUCCCCUAACUCGUUUCAAAUCCUCCGACGACUCGAAACGUAAUCGUGAGAGGUACGAUGAUCGGUGGGAACGUCAGCCUAUGUAUCCAGAAGAUAAUGGUUCCGAAGAACAAUUCCGCGAAGUUUCAUCUCGCUACCGAGAUGAUAGUAGAAAUUCUACGAGUGUGAAACAUGUUGAUGUUCGAACAAAAACAGUAGACGUCAAAACCAGUUCCCCUGAAUCUACUAUAAGGAAAGUGUCACCAAAAGAUAGGUUCCAAAAUGCGAAGGAAAAGUUUCAACAAAUGGAACGAGAACGCCAUGAACAAGAACGAAUCGAACGUGAGCGUCAGGAACGAGAACAAAUGAUUCACGCAAAACGGACUGCAGAAGCCCCACGGAGAAGUUCCCUGGAGGCGGUAGUAGUGAGUUCUCGAGAUAGUAAUGAUUGGAGCUCAGACGAGGAAGAUAAUCCACCAAGAGUACCGAUUCGGUCAUCAAAUAGUAUCGGUUAUCGUGAGGUAGAAACUACCAACCGUUAUCCGGGACUGGAUCGUGAACCGAUGCCGGCACGUGUAAUGCCUGCAAAGAGCCUUGGCAAUUUGGUCAAAGGCUAUCGCCAUAGCUACGCUGAGGCUCGUCCGCCACCAGUUUCGCGAAGCAGCGGCCGAGUUGGACUUGCCGCGGUUAAUCCCUAUUGAAAUUUAUAUUACUAUUUUAUGAGUGGUGUUACUUUUGAAGACGGUUGUAAUAUAUAAGUAUGAUAAUGCGUUGACGCUAUCGUCGGUCUUGAAACAAGCUAUGUAAAUCCUCUAAUGAAAAGUCUAGCUCAUUCACAUUUCAUGCUCACGUAGAGUACAGAAUACUUGCAUGUUUGAAGUGCCUUAUAGCAUAGAGUAAUAUCAUAGGAAUCCACUAUAAAAUCCAUAAUUGAAUAUACUGACAAUAAAUGAUUGAAAAGAAGAACAAUUAUCGAAUAAUAUCUGUUUGGUGCUAUUUUUUAAAAUAUGUGUGGUAUCAUCUUUCACAUUGCACCGAUAUAAUUAGUACAUACAUAUAUUGAAGACAUGA